GGUCUAUAGGCUGGUUCACAGUCAUUCGCUGUGGUCGCUCGAAUAGGGAGAUUUUUAAAAAGUCUAUUCGCUGCGAACGGAAGAAUGCUGUUCACACUUGGCGCGUAAAAUUUAAAAUCGUUUACAACCAAAACAAAUAUGGCGCUUACAGCAAGGCAAAUUAUUUUAUUGCUUUUGUUGCGAAGGCGGAUGAAACGUAAAAAUACUCGCGUAGCUAAAAGAAGAUUCUGGGUUCGUCAAAUCUACAAGGAGAGAAAAAUAAAAGGAGAAUAUCAUCUCCUGGUUCAGGAUCUUAAAUUAUUUGAUAGAGAGCUAUUUUUUCGCCACUUUAGGAUGACACCCUCCAAAUUGGAGGAGUUACUUGGAUACGUAGGUCCGUUAAUCACCAAGUCAUCAUUAAAACGCGAAGCAAUUAGUGCUAGUGAAAGGCUCUGCGUUACAAUGCGUUAUCUCGUUACCGGUGACGCACAAACUACUAUUGCAGAUAGUUACAGAAUGGGCAAAAAUACUGUUAGUGGAAUUGUGAAAGAAACAGCAAAUGCAAUAUGGAAAUUCUUGGUAGCACAAGGAUUUUUGCAAGCCCCAAGCACAGAGAAGGACUGGAUAAAAAUUGCGGAUGAUUUUGAAAAAAGGGGACGCAGGGAGACAAAGCGACGGUGGAGUCUUUGCAUCAAGCCAUCUUGGACAUGCCAUGGAAGAAAAUCUACUUAAUAUUCGUAAAUCCAGACCACUACGAAAUACCUCAAAAGAAUUCCCAUUUGUAUUUGUUGGGGACGAAGCAUUCCCACUAAAAGAGUACCUAAUAAAGCCAUACGCAAGAGAAUUUAUCAAAAAGAAAGAGCAAAUUGCGAAUUACCGUUUGUCAAGGGCAAGAAGACAAGUGGAAAAUGUGUUUGGAAUUUGGCAUCAAGAUUUCGCAUUUUUCGAAGGCCUAUUAUUGCCAAUGUGGACACUGUUGUUGCAAUCACAAAACCUGUUGUUGUGCUUCACAAUUUUUUAAUGUUUGGUAAAACAUUUGAUAGCGAGUAUUGUCCAGGUGGGUAUGCAGAACAAGAGUUGUGGCGUCAGGACAUAGAGACAGAAGGGUUACGAGCAAUUUCUAAAGCCGGGUCUAAAGAGAUUCGUGACGAUUUUAGGGAUUAUUUUUAUGGACCAGGGGCUGUACCAUGGCAAUGGGACCAUAUUUCACGAACAGUUGAUCCAUUUGAUGAAGAUCAAUAAGUUACUUUGUAACUUGAGAUAUGUACGUUGUAAUGAUUACUAUUUUCACAGAAAAUUGUUUAUAUUAACUAUAUGAACAAAAACUGAGAGCCUAAGUAUACAAAGAACAUAAAAGGGAAGAAAUUUCGGAAUUAGGAAAAUUUGCUGCAAGGUGAACAGGGUUUAUCUGUUAAUUCCUGACUUUCCCUGACCAAGUGUAACAAAGUUAUUUUCUUCACAAUCGCAAUGGAUAGAUAAGCUAAGUAAAGUUAGAAUCUCCACCAAGCAUUUUUUCUUCUAAAAUUUAUUCCCUGAAAGUAAUGUGACAGCAAAAGUUCCACCAUAAC